AAACCCGUGUUUGUAAGGAGACCUGACGCUAUGAUUGACAGGUAUUUAAACCAAUGAGAUAACGCGUCCAAGCUGUGACGGCGGACGCAUCUGGAACUUUCUGGAUUUCAACCAAUGGUGUGGUUCAUCCUUGCUGCUCCUGAAGGCAGAGUUGUGGCGCCCGGGUCCAGCCUGGUAGCUUGUGGCCAAUGCCACAGGCACAAACUGCCCAGAGAGGUGGACUUUCAACUUCAAGAGGAGCUGUCAAGUUGGCCUCAGCAAACCUCAUUUGUUUCCACUUGACUGUUGGACCAUAAAGGGACUGUCUAAGAACUCAAAAACACUGAAGUUAACAAAAGAUGUCGGAGUUCAAUAAAGAGGUGAUAGAUUUGGUUUGGGAAAGACCCUCUGGUGGAAGUGUGUCCACCUCUAUCUUUCGGAGAUGGACCCAAGGGUUUGUUUUCAGUGAGCAUGAGAAAACAGCACUCGAGCAGUUUGAGGGAGGGCCAUGUGCUGUCAUUGCACCUGUCCAGGCUUUCCUCUUGAAGAACAUCCUUUUUAAUAGAGAAACUAUGAACUGGAGGCAGAUAUCAGAAGAGGAGCAGAAAACGGUCCUGUGUUCAACACUGAGCGAAAUUCUCGAGUCUGCGUGUGCCAGCCCUUCCACGGGGUUCUGCCUGGUGACCUGGGCUAAGGGACAAAGCCCAAACACCAGCUCACACUCCAAGACACAGACACAGCCUCAAACACAGGAUGGGCCAGAGAGCAGCCAGCCACAUGAAGAACCACAACCCACUGCUGUGGCUGCUGAGGAGCUUCGCUUUGAUCAGUUUCACAGUGUACUCCACAAGCGAACAGUCCUGUCGGUGGCUGACCUCAGAGAAGAAGUGCUGUCUCUCUACCACUCCUGGAGGGGGUGCUGUGGUGUCUUGCUUUUUCUUUAUUCUGUCAUCCUCACCAAGGGCACAGAAAAUAUUAGAAAUGAGAUCCAGGACCCAACAGAGCCUCUCAUAGACCCUGUUCAUGGUCAUGGAAGCCAGAGCCUGGUGAACCUCCUAGUAACUGGCCAUGCUGUUUCUAAUGUCUGGGAUGGAGACAGGGAAUGCUCCGGCAUGAAACUACAUGGAAUUCAUAAACAAGCAUCAGUUGGCUUUCUCACUCUUAUGGAAUCACUGCGCUACUGCAAGGUCGGAACAUUCCUCAAAUCUCCAAAGUUCCCUAUUUGGAUUCUUGGCAGUGAAACUCAUCUCUCCGUUUUUUUCACCAAGGAGAUGUCGCUCGUAGGUCCAGAGUCUCCAUCAGAACAAGCAAGAAGGGUUUUCCAGUCAUUUGAUCCUGAAGAUAACGGCUUCAUCCCAGAGUCUCUGCUGGAGGACGUAAUGAAAGCUCUUGACCUCGUCUCAGAGCCUGAAUAUGUCAGUUUGGUGAAGAAUAAACUGGAUCCAGAGAGCUUGGGGAUAAUUCUUCUGGGCCCGUUUCUGUUGGAAUUUUUUCCAGAUCAGGAUUCAGGAAUCCCAGACUCAUUUCCCGUCUACCACUACAAUGGUCUUAAACAGUCCAACCACAAAGAGAGGGUUGAGUAUGUGGAGGGGACAGCUCUGGUGCUAGGUUUUGAGGACCCCAUGGUUCGAACCGACGACACUCCAGUGAAGCGCUGCCUACAGACCAAGUGGCCCUACAUCGAGCUGCUAUGGACCACCAAUCGCUCUCCGUCACUGAACUAGCACCGACGCAGCAUGUGGUCGGACCACCACCGCCCCGACCACACCACAACUCCCCUCCUCCCCCACUGCGCACGCUGACCAUGAAAGGUCAGCAGGCUGCAAAGACCGAGGCACAUGCAACAAAGACUUAACGAGAAGAAGGCAAACACAAACGCACACUGAAGAUGAAACGUGUUCACGGAGAAACAAGCCUGAGAUCUAUCUGUUCAUGCCAACUCACAUUCCUCACUCUCAGCUCUGCAAUCACUGAUGUUAUCUGCUCACCACAGAUGAUUAUUAACUGCAAGGAUGUUUAUGAUGUAAGCAUCUAAGGAAAAAAAAGAGUUUAUUUUUCCUGCUCUGCUCAGUGCCGACAGCUUCUGCUACAGAUCAGCAGUAGACCUUUAGAAACCAAGUUCAGCAUGUUUGUCAUCAAAUCACACGUAAAGCCAGUCAACUGUGAAACACUAAAUAAUUCAGCUUAAAUCAGCUUCAGGACUGUUUGAGGGAUAACCUACCAAAGCCUUCCCCACACACACACACACACACACACACACACACACACACACACAAUCAUUUCCACUGCGAAGAGUUUACAGUGUAAAGGGACCAACCAAGAUUCAGAGAUCCUGGAGGUUUGAGAUGUUUUAACCACAUUGAAGUUUGUUUCGGUUCUCCGUGCGCUUCAUGCACUGCAUUAAGGUGUCGGGCAAGUGCUUGUAUUUAUUAUCAAGCUCAAACGUUCUGGAAUAAACACUUUUUUUGUUCA